AUGUUUAAAACCAAUGCGUACGACAAAACUCUUCGUCCAGCAGUGGAUCAACAUUCACCUACAGCGUUAGAUGUAGCUUUUCACUUGAUGAGUAUAAAUAAAAUCGAUGAGUUGGAUGAAAAACUCGUCAGCACGGCGUAUCUGACCCUGGAGUGGAAAGACGAAUUUCUGACGUGGGAUGCAGCCAUGUUCCCUGUCUAUCGGCUACCCCUACCCCAAAACAUUGUAUGGAAACCGGAUUUUGUUUUGAAAAACGGAUUCACUGCGUUUAAGGAACUCGGUGGUUCGUUUUAUUACGUCAUGGUCACGUUUGAUGGGACUGUCACAUGGAAACCAUACCAGGUCUUUGAAUCUCAAUGUUCUAUUGACGUUACAUAUUUUCCUUUUGACACCCAAACCUGCAAUAUUGUUUUCACAAUAUGGUCGCAUUAUUUACAUCAAGUACAAAUCACGUCAUCUGGGAGUAGCUUUGAAAUGGACCAGUACAAGAGUAAUAGUAUUUGGGACAUUAUUUCUACAAGCCAGGUUGUAGAUAAUUCCGGUUCAAACAGUGUCAUCACAUACACCCUAAAGCUGCGACGAAAGCCUGCACAUUUCGUAGGAAAUAUCAUUGUACCAAUUUUGUUUCUUGGAACGUUGAAUAUUCUUGUAUUUGUCAUUCCUGCUGACGCUGGAGAGAAAAUGUCAUACUCCACAACUGUAGCACUAGGAUUCAUGGUUUUUCUGACAAUCGUUAGUUCUGAACUUCCGGCGAAUUCAGAGAGUACUCCAUAUCUUUCUUCUUACCUGCUUAUUCAGAUAAUCAUCGGAGGAUUUUCAUUAAUUGUUUCUUCGCUACAACUUCGCUUACGUCAUAGAGACGAAAGUCAAAAGGUCAAUCGAUUUCUUAGAAUUCUUGUGAAAUUUUCGCUCUGCAGAUUUUGGAAGUGUCAAAUGGUUAAGGAAAGAACUGUUGUUCCAGAAGAUGUGGUGGAUGAAAAGAAUUAUAAACGUUCAGAGGACGAUGACCAAAAGAUUUCCUAG